GGGAGGGGGAGUGCAGGGAGUUUAGUGCGGCGUGUGUAGGAAUGUGAGAGUGGAGUCCCGUACUAGAAGCCUCGAGCUGUAGGCCCUGUCCGUUCUCCGCUGGACGCUCUCCUGAGUGCGAGCAUUCACCAUGGCUACACAAAUGGUUAGCCAACCUAGUGGCAGCAACUUGUUUUGCAACAGUGGCAACUUUGGCAUCGGAGACAUGUAUGGCUUGCAUGACCUUUCCAAAGCAGAGAUGGCAGCUCCUCGGCUCAUCAUGCUGGCAAACGUUGCUCUGACUGGAGAGGUCAAUAGUGGCUGCUGUGAUUAUUCCUUAGACGAGGACAGACAAAUGGCUGAACUGACAACUGUGUAUGAAAAUAGCUUUUCAGACAGCGAAGGGGAAAGAAUGGAGUUAGAAGAGUCAAACCUAGUGAGUGAGCCAGGCAUCUUUGAGAGUAUGGUAGUGGAUCCCUCGGAAGUCCAAGAGCCGAUACUGAAUUACCAACAAACCACCGUCCCAGAAACUAGCUUGGAGGUGGACCCAGAAAAGAAAGCCGAGGAGACCCCUCCUGCCAGAACUGAAGACAUAGCAAAAUGUGUAAAGAGCAAGCCUUUUAGGUGCAGACCUUGCCAGUAUAAAGCAGAAUCUGAGGAAGAGUUUGUCCAUCACAUUAGGGACCACAGCGCCAAAAGGUUCAUUGAUCAUGACUCUAACAAAAAUGUGCAAGAUUCAGGCUCUUGUUCGCCUGAGGAAGUGGACUUUUCCAUGGGACCUAUCCGAUGUGACAGAUGUGGCUAUAACACCAAUCGAUUUGAUCACUAUUUGGCCCAUUUAAAGCACCACAACAAAGCUUCUGACAACGAGAGGGUUUACAAGUGCACCAUAUGUACCUAUACGACAGUUAGUGAGUACCACUGGAAGAAACAUCUCCGAAAUCAUUUCCCAAGGAAUGUAUAUUCCUGCUCACAGUGCUCCUAUUUUUCUGAUCGCAAAAAUAACUAUAUUCAGCAUAUAAGAACACAUACAGGUGAACGACCUUAUCAGUGUGUCAUGUGUCCAUAUUCAAGCUCACAAAAAACUCAUUUGACCAGACACAUGCGGACUCACUCAGGUGAAAAGCCAUUUAAAUGUGAGCAAUGCAGUUACGUUGCAUCAAAUCAACAUGAAGUGACACGACAUGCCAGACAAGUCCACAAUGGACCAAAGCCUUUGACAUGUCCACACUGCAACUACAAAACUGCCGACCGCAGCAACUUCAAGAAACAUGUGGAGUUACAUGUUAAUCCAAGACAAUUCCUGUGCCCUGUUUGUGAUUAUGCUGCAUCAAAGAAGUGUAAUUUGCAGUAUCACAUAAAGUCUAGACACUUCGGGUGUGCUGACAUCACGAUGGAUGUGUCCAAAGUCAAACUGAGGACAAAAAAAGGAGAUGCAGCAAGUUCAGACGUCAAUUUAAAUAAACAGGAAGAAAAGGAAAACUCUGAUGAUAAAAAUGAGCUUCCAGAAAAGAAAACUGAAGUAGAACCUAAAGCAGAUGAGGAAACAUGUGUAAAGGUUAAGCAAGCUGCCAGUCCUCCUGUUGGUCAGAUCACCACAAGAAGCCACAAGCCCACUUCUUCAAAAACAGAAGAUACAACCCUUGUGAAAGGUAAAUGUGCUAAAAGGAAGUUAAGUGUGAUAGCUGAAAAGCCACUUAAGACAAAACAGACACAAAAUACCAAUGCAAAGAAGAGGAGGUUGUCAACGAAAAGUAAACAUAACCAUGAGGUUCCUAGAAAACCAAUCCGGGCUGGUAAAUCUGAGAAACGGAAAGUUGCUGUGAAGAAAACUAACCACAAGAAACUCAUAAAAAAUAAACACAAGAAGACUGCUUUAUCACACAAAUCUGUUAUUUCAAAAACUAAAACUAGCAAGUCAUCAACUGAUAAGGAUUCUGAGGCCAUGACGUUAAAGGACCCUGUAGACCAGAACAAUGAAGUACCACCAGCAGAAAAUUGUCUUGAAUCUGUUACAGAGCCUGCACAGGAAGAUGUCCCAGAUAUCACACCAGUAAUAGAUGGCAGCAACCUGAAUGAGGAAAGUAACACAGAAGAAAGCCCAGUUAGUCAGGUAUCUGAACCCAGCAUUCUCAGUUUGGCCACCAUGAAAAUAACACCGGAGUCCGAUCAGUUUUCCUCGGAGAAGGACUCUAAUGUAAAUAAAGAUAACGAGCUGAAGCCUGUAAUCAGCACAGUUACUAAUGAACCAGUUUUAGAGACUCAAAGCGCAACUGAUAUGCAGCCCUCAACCAUAAGUUCUCCAGCAGAAAAAUCUGAAUCCAUUCCUGAGGCAGCCUGUUGUCACGAAGAGAGUGUCUUGCAUUGCACUGACUCUGCAAGUGAGGAAUCUGAAAAUGUAAAUGAUUUUGCCUCAAAUAAUAAUAGUUCAGAACAGAGUGAAGAACUGGAGCAACCAAACCCAAGUGAAGCAGAACAAUUACUCCCUACAAUGAUUCCAGAAACUGUAAAUGAUUGUGAUCCAGAAACUGUAAACGAUUGUGAUCCUAACAAAACUGUAAACGAUUGUGAUCCUAACAAAACUGUAAACGAUUGUGAUCCUAACAAAACUGUAAACGAUUGUGAUCCUAACAAAACUGUAAACGAUUGUGAUCCUAACAAAACUGUAAACGAUUGUGAUCCUAACAAAACUGUACAUGCAUCAUGUGAGGCUAUGAGCCAUGAACCUGUGGACAUUGAGGAGGAUGAAGGAAUCCAUAGCCAUGAAGGCAGUGAAAUCAGUGACAGUAUUUCAGAAAGGAGUGAUGACUCUGGUUUAAAUGGUUUACAGUCUCCUCAAGAGACUCUAGAAACUCAGCCUCUUCUUGAAGUGCCUUCUGGGUCCACCAGCAUCUCUAAUGAAACUUUUGUAUGCAUUUUUUGUGAUCGUGCCUUCAAGAAAGCCGAAGAAUAUACAAAGCAUCUAAAACGCCAUUUGGUCAAUGUUUAUUACCUUGAGAAGGCGGCACAAAAUCGAUUAUAAGUUAAGAAAAAAAGAAGGACCCAAUGGACACCUUGCAAAAACUGAUAUUUAAUCUUUGAGUUCUUCCAAAAUGUUACAGCGUUCUUCAGGAUAGCUUGCAAAUGACCUAGUAUUCCCUUGUGGUGAAAGACAUGUACCAUUUAACACACAUUUUUUUACAGUUUGGAUUGUAAUUUUUGGCAGUAUUCUAUGUACGCAUCUAACAGUCCUGUUCAGAGUAAGGCCUGUUACCACAAACUGAGCUUUUUCUUGUAUAUAGCGAAAGUAAUCAUCAUUUCAACCAUGAAAACACUCAAACAAUACAAUAGAAUCACUGAUGGUAUGAAUUUCCACAUCUAAAUCGUGUGUUUGUAAGGCUGGAAAAUAUUGCUAGAUUCAUUUACUUCUUGAUAUGAAAAGACAUAAAAUAUAUAUAAAGAUAAGGUAAAUAUAUAUUUAGAUCAUGAUAUUCUUUCCGACAGCCUGUUCACAUGUUCAGUGUGCUGGCUAAGUUCCCUUUGUGUUUUUUUUAAACCAGCGUUGAUCGACAGUAUAGAAAGUCGUUGGCACUUAUUUACUUUCCCUUAUAUUAUACAGUAAUCGCAAGUUUUUCAUAGAUGCAGUUGUUUGUGCGCUGUUUUACCCUCUCUUACAAGUAACAGGCAGAUACCAGUUUACACGAGGGGAUGCACCAGUGACAAACAUGAUUGUUAUGUCGGCAUAAAAGACAAAAUCAGCAACAAAUGGGCAAAUUAUCAUUUGUUUGAUCACCACACAUGUUAAUACCAGGCAAUGAUUGUUCAGUUGGGUUUUGCCCUGUAGAAAAGGUCUUUAAAGGCUGCGAACACUUUUGGGGGA